AUGUUCAUACUUCUAACCAACUCAUUGCACCGUUCCUGCACUGAAUUCAAAUUUCUUAGCAAACCAGGUAUGAUGGCUUUAGCCCUAGCACACAGUGGGGGAUCAAGCCACCCAAUAAACCGACAAACGGAAUCAUUCAUAGGACAUGGAAAAAACCCCCUUCCUGGAUUCAAAAGGGUCCAAGACGUUUUCACCACAACAACUUUUCCACAAAAACAUAGCACCAUUUUUGUUGUAGCAGAGCUCAAGAAGAAGAAGGGUAGAAGAAAAGAGACGUUGGGGAACGUUGGGGAAGAAGAUCACAGGAAGUGGGGAUCCGUUCCUGCACUCGUGUCAUUUUUCUGGGUUGCAUUGGUUCAUCUCAUGGCUGCUGUGAUGGGCCAUGGAGGUGAUGGUGGUGACGAGCCACCACAUCCGUUCGGUGGAGAUUUUGGUGUUCACCAGAUUGAUGCGCGUUGGAGUGCUACUAUUGACCACUUCUUAACUGAUACACAUUGUAAACGAUCCAGUGUAAACAAAGAAUGCCGAAAGAAGCAAGUAGUUAAAAAUCGUGGAGGGACGUGCAGUUACGGUAGUGCUUCUUUCAAAAAUAAUUUGAAUAAACUUGAAGUAUUUCAUCGUGCACAUGUUAAUAAACAAGGGGAAUUCGUUGACCCAUUAGUUGAAGAACAAUAUAAUGCUUUAGUUGCUGAGGUUGCUUUACAAACCCAACACAUAGCCGACUCCGGUGGUGAUCCGAACUCCAUUGAUUGGAUAGCCUUAUUUGAGAAGGUGUUAGGUGCUCGAAGGGGACAUGUGAGAGGCAUCGGGCCUAAGCCUUCCGUAGUGGGUACAAGUGCUCCGACCCAGUGGCAGUCACAGUCACAAACACCACAACCAACACAGGAUGUGGAUGUUAACGCUUUUCUCCAAAACCCGGUGUUUGUGACUGCACUUGGAGAUAUUAUCCGCUCAUUUAGCAAGCAAGUUGACAAUGCAACCAACAACGACGAGGAAAACGAUGAUGAGGACAAUGAUUAA